AUGGCUACCAAUUCAGCAUCUUCCACAUCUCAGCAACUAAUUCCCAUCUUUAAUAGAGAUAGAUAUGAAUUCUGGAGCAUAAAGAUGAAGAUGUUAUUCAAGUCUCAAGAAUUGUGGGAUUUGGUGGAGAAUUGCUAUGCUGAGGAAGAUGAAGCACAAAGGUUGCCGGAGAACAAAAAAAAGGACUCUAAGGCAUGGAAUAUUCUGAAGAAAGAAUUCCAUGGCUCUACAAAGGUAAUGACUGUCAAACUCCAGUCACUCCGACGUGAUUUCGAAAAUUUAUUCAUGAAAAGUAGUGAAUCUGUACAAGACUACUUAUCUAGAGUCAGUACAAUUGUUAAUCAUAUGAAGGCAUAUAUUGACAAAAUUAUUGAUGAAACUAUAGUUGCUAAAGUUCUAGGAAGUCUUACUAAAAGAUUUGAUCAUGUCGUAGCUGCCAUUGAGGAAUCCCAUAAUUUAUCUAAUUAUGGUUUUGAUGAAUUGAUGAGUUCCUUACAAGCUUAUAAGGAUAGAUUGAAUGCCUCUCAUGAAAAGGGUGAAGAGAAGGCAUAUCAGAUCAAGGGAGAGUCUUCUGUCAAAGGCAAAUCAGAAGUCUCAAAUGCCAGGGGAUGCAGAGGCAGAGGUAGUUUCCGUGGUCGAGGUCGUGGCAGAAGACAAGCUCAAUUUGGUGGUGAGAACUGA